AUGCGUUUCGUUCUUUUUCCUCUGCUUUGGUCUCUGGUAGUGGACGACCUACUGAGACUCCUAACUGAAGCAGGAUAUCAUGCAAUUGGUUACGCAGAUGAUAUUUUGUUAAUCGUUCGUGGUCUCCACCUUGAUGUAAUACUCGAGGUGGCUCAAAAGGCAUUAAACCAGGUAGAUAAAUGGUGUAAGAAGGUGGGUUUAUUUGGUAACCCUGGGAAAACAGAAGCUGUUAUCUAUACUAGGCGAUACAAGUGGAAAGCCUCGCGUUCACUUGUGCUGUCUGGGAAAGAGCUUCAACUUACAGAGCAGGCAAAAUAUCUAGGGGUAAUACUGGAUAGCAAGCUGGUCUGGAAAAAGCAUUUAGAGGAGAAAUCUAAGAAACUUACGGUUGCUCUUUGGCAAUGUAGAAGGGCCAUUGGUGGUAGCUGGGGUCUUAUACCGGAUACACUAUUGUGGAUCUAUGAAGCGAUUCUGCUCCCUAGGCUGACCUAUGCUUGUGUGGUCUGGUGGGGUAGAGUUGAAUUAAAAACAUCACAAACAGAAUUGGAGAAGGUAAGGGGGAUGGUCCUGAGAGGCAUGACGGGUGCGGUGUGCACAACGCCCACUGCUGCCCUUGGUGCUCUCCUGGGGCUGAAACCCUUACACCUUACAAUUAAAGCAGCGGUGGCUAAGGCUGCCUUAAGACUUUGCGGUUCUAAGGGCUGCAGAGAAGUGGGCAGAUGGCGUCUCCCUAAGAAUCUAGUGAGGAGGCCUCUUCUCAAUAUGAUCAGAGACAAGAUCGUCCCUUUGUACCUUUUUGAUAAAAAGUACAAGAUUAACAUACCUACCAGAGAGGAUUGGAUAAAUCGAUUGGCUACCAAUCCGGUUAAUGGUGAUGUCUGGUAUACAGAUGGAUCUAAAAGCGGGAAUGGGGUCGGUGCAGGAAUCUAUCACGUAAAAUCUCAAGGGGGCCACUCGUACAAGUUAGGGCCCACUGUUACUGUGUUACAAGCCGAAAUUAUGGCGAUAUUCUAUGGUGCUGUUGAGGCUCAAGAAAGUUGUCACGAUAAAAAUAUUUUUAUCCUUUCGGAUAGCAAUGCAGCAAAUUUCUCUUUGAAACGAUAUGUAACAACAUCACAGCUGGUUGGUGAUUGCCAUGAGGCUCUUAACAGAUUAGCUGGAAUUAACCGCGUUACCCUCUUUUGGGUUCCUGGUCACAGUGGAUUCAUUUGCAACGAUAAAGCGGAUAAACUAGCCAAAACAGGUGCUAGGGAACAAUUUAUUGGGCCUGACCCUCCUGUUGGUGUCUCUGGAAAAUGCUUGGCCCUGGAAUUUAACCAGUGGCUGGCAGUAGAGCAUCAAAGGGAGUGGCAGGCAACUAAGGGCUGUAGGCAGGCCAAAAUACUCUUAGGAACUAAUAUUAAUCUCAAGAGGAAAGCGGAAUUCCGCAAACUUAAUAGAAAAGAGGCAAAAAUCAUAACAGGGCUGUUGACCGGUCAUGGUGAUUUGCGCUAUCAUAGGCAUAAAAUGGGGAUUGUAGAUGAUCCUAAAUGCCGUAAGCGUGGAGAGGAAAAUAAAACUUCGAUACACAUCAUGUGCCAUUGUCCUGCUCUCGUGCAGGAGCGUGAACACAUUACGGGCUACUUCUUUCUUGGAGAAGCCGUUAUUGCCACCAGGAGCCUGGCCGAAGUCCUUUUGUUGUGGAAGGGAUUUCGGAUGUAG